GGGACGCCGACGGGCCGGAGAAGACGAAGAAGAAGUCCAAGGAGAAGAGCAAGAAACACAAGAAGCGCUCGCACUCUUCCUCGUCGAGCGAGAACUCCGAGGAGAGUGCCGAGGAGGGGAUGCUGGAGCUGCAGUCGAUAUAUGGGCUGCCCAACAAGGAGUACCAGCGGAAUCCGAGGCAGGCUCGUGCAGAGGAUCUUACGGCGAAGCAGAUUGCGGUGGCGAUCACCAAUAUCACUUCUGUUGUGACCUCGAAUGACAUCAUGGACAUGGGCGGCGACGCCGAAUCCUUGCUCAUGCAGAACAGCAAUCGGUUCAAGAAGUUGAAGAACAAGGAGGGCGAACCCGAGGCAAUCAACCAGGCAAGAGCAGCCAGCAUGAGAUGGAAGAAGCGGCUCGGGAAGACCAAGAUGUCCAAGGAAGAGCUGAACCAGAAGAUCGAAACCGAGAUGACGCAGCUCAAGCAGGAGACCCGCUCGUAA